AUGCAAUUAUUACGACUCCUGGUCACACUAGCUGUAGUGCUAUUCUCAGUUGUUGUAAUCGCUGCUGAGGAUUACUACAAGGUGCUUGGUCUCGCGAAGUCCGCGUCGGAGAGGGACAUCAAGCGCGCAUACAGAACACUAAGCAAGAAAUACCACCCUGACAAGAAUCCCGGCGAUGACACAGCGCGCGAAAAAUUUGUCGAAAUAGCAGACGCCUACGAUGUGCUUUCGACCACCACGCUGCGCAAAGUGUACGACCAAUAUGGCCACGAAGGGGUGGAGCAGCACCGCAAGGGCGGAGCGGCCGGCGGCGGCGGCCACGAUCCAUUCGAUCUGUUUUCGCGAUUCUUCGGCGGGGGUGGACACUCCGGUCACGCGCCUGGACACCGCCGCGGACCGGACAUGGAAGUGCGAGCGGCGCUACCGCUGCGGGAUUUCUACAAUGGGCGCGAGAUCAACUUCCUCGUGGAGAAGCAGCAGAUUUGCGAUUCGUGUGAGGGAACGGGAUCCAAGGAUCGACAGGUUGUGACUUGUGAUCGGUGCGCAGGGCGUGGUAUCGUUAUUCAGAAACAUAUGCUUGCGCCGGGGAUGUUCCAGCAAGUGCAGAUGCAGUGUGACAAGUGUCAUGGGCAGGGAAAGAAGAUUAAGAAUCCUUGUCCUGUUUGUGAGGGGAAUCGGGUCGUUAGGAAUCAGGUUGAGACUAGUGCUACUAUUGAGCCGGGGAUGGGGAAGGGGACUAGGCUUGUUUUUGAGAAUGAAGCUGAUGAGAGUCCGGACUGGAUUGCUGGGGAUUUGAUUGUUGUUUUGGAUGAGAAAGAGCCCGAGCUUGGAGAGUCGGAGGAGGAGAGGACAGAUGGGACGUUUUUCCGGCGGAAGGGGAAGGAUCUGUUCUGGAAGGAGAGUCUUUCGCUGCGCGAGGCGUGGAUGGGUGACUGGAGUCGCAAUCUUACGCAUCUUGAUGGGCACAUUGUUCGUCUUGGACGUGGUCGUGGUGAGGUCGUGCAGCCAUUGGCUGUCGAGACUAUUGCCGGGGAGGGCAUGCCGCAUUACUCCGAGGGUCAUUUACAUGAUCACCAUGAAGAGAAUGAUGAAGCGGGCAAUCUGUUUAUUGAGUAUACUGUUGUCCUGCCAGAUCAGAUGGAGAGUGGGAUGGAGAAGGACUUCCAUGCUCUUUGGGAGAAGUGGCGCAAGAAGAUUGGAGUUGAUUUGGCGGAGGACUCUGGGCGACCGGUUGUGCCUCCGCCGGCGGAGGAUAAGGAUGAGCUGUGA